AGACGCCGGGGAGAGCCGAGAGAGAGCGCACCGAGGCUGCGGGCAACAAAAAUGUUCCACGCUCCCCCUAUCUUUCUCAUCCUUACCCUCACCCUCGUGCACUCCUCCAUUUUCCAUGCUAUCCCUGUGAGCGGAGAGCAGAGUUACCAAGCAAAUCACCAGAUCACGCACAGUGACUCUGAGCAUUCUCUCCAACCCGAGAGACACGAAGAAACUCCACCGCUUGCCCAAAGCCAGCAUGGCGAGGGGAAAGACAUCCAAGAAAGAGCAACUGCUGAGGUCAAGUCUGAAUCCAUUUCUGAUGAUGGAGAUGAAUUAUUUAAAGACAUAAGUCCGAAAGCUCUGGCGGCUGUUCUUCUUCAAGCACUCAACACAGAGGAAGUAGAGCAGGCUCCUCGAAACAAAGAAGAAAAACCAUCUGUAGAUGACCAACAGAUUGUCAAACAGGAGAUCGACAAGAUAGACGAGAGUGAGUUAACAGAAAGAGUGAGGAGCAGAACAAGAAGUUCUGAUGAUGAUGAUGAGUCACUGAGUGAUGAUGGAAAGAUAGAUGAAGGAGAUAUGGAAACUGUGAAGUCCCUGCUGCAGGAACUGGAAGCUUUCAAACCCCCUCCAAAAAGAGAGCAGGAGCCUGAUAAGAAUGACAGUCCGGAGAAUGAUGAUCUACAAGAAAUAAGAGAGAUGUUGGGAUUUGGAGAGCAGACAGAAGAAGAUAAAAGGAGCCCCCUGAAUCCUGUGCCACACACCUCCAGAAGAUUGGGGGAAGAAGAUGAAGGAGACAGACUUGCCAAUGUAGCUCAGGAUCUUCUCCUUCAGUACCUAAUAAAUGAAGGGGAAAAUGAGGAAGAAAAGGAAGAAGAUGAUGAAGAAAAUAAAGAAAAUGAACAAGACUACCAAGGUGAGGACUUUGGGGGGGAUCGACAGCCUCUGUUUGAGGAUGAAGAAGAAAAUACACUGGAGAAACGGUCAACUGAAGAUGAUGAUGAGGUGGAUCCACAGACUAUCGAUAAACUGAUUGAGCUAUCUAGCCGAUUACAUCUCCCUGCUGACGAUGUAGUAGAUAUCAUCAAUGACGUUGAAAAGAGGAAAAGGAGAAGGAUGAAAAAGAAGAAAGCAAGAGAUGAUUUCAUAGCAAGAAGAAUCGAAAGAACCAGAACUCCCCCACAAUCUUGGCCAGAUUCUCCAAAAGCUACUUACUAUCCUAGAAGAAGACUAGAACAGGAACCUUCUUGGAAUAAGGUAUCAGACACAACCUGGAAGAAAUCAUCAGAUCCAACCUGGAAUAAGAAUAAACUGUCACCGUCCACCUGGAACAAACUGAAAGGGCCAAUUUGGACAAAGUCAUCAAGGUCUAACUGGAAUAAGGAGUCAGAACCAAUCUGGAAUAAGGUAUCAGACACGAACUGGAAUAAGGUGCCAGAUUCAAACUGGAACAAGGUCCCAAACUCAAACUGGAACAAGGUUCCAGAUUCAAGCUGGAAUAAGAUGCCUGACUCAAGCUGGAAUAAGGUGCCUGACUCGAACUGGAAUAAAGGGUCAGACUCGAACUGGAAUAAAGGGUCAGACUCGAACUGGAAUAAGGUUCCAGACUCAAACUGGAAUAAAUUUUCAAAGCCGAGCUGGAAUAAGUUGCCAGAUUCAAGAUGGAAUAAGGUGCCAGAUUCAAACUGGAAUAAGUUGACAGACCCCGGCUGGAAUAAAGUGUCUGAUUCAAACUGGAACAAGAUACCUGACUCAAACUGGAAUAAAGUGUCAGAACCAAGCUGGAAUAAAGUGUCAGACUGGAAUAAACUGUCAGAUCCAACCUGGAAUAAGAUGUCAGAACCAAACUGGAAUAAGCUGUCAGACCCAAGCUGGCGUAAGGUGCCAGAGUCAAGUUGGAAUGAUAUUCUAAAACCCACCUGGAAUAAGGUGCCCCCGUCAAGCUGGAACAAGUAUUUGGAACCGGUCCCGCGCAGAUAUCGCUCACGCCCAUUACCUUUCGCUGGCUAUAUGAGGCCUCGACCCUUCCAAACCCCUCCCCGAUACUACUAUAAGCCACCGGCCCCACCAAACAGUGACUACUUUGCCGAAGACCAGGAUAAGCAGGAAGAGAUGGAGAACUAUAUCGAGAGGAUCCUGAUGACCCACCCUGAGGUCUUCCAGUGAUAUAACCUCAGUCCCCAUUCAGAAUCCUCUGAACCCAGACAGUGAAUCCAGUCCAACUCCAUUCAACACAACUGCUGAGAAAAUUAAUAGACAAAUAUCAAUUUGCAUCCCCCAAACGAUCUUCACCCACAUGGAUGUCAUCCAACCCAAACCAACUCAACAUACACUGAUGAAUUCUUUGUCUAGUAGAUUCCACAUUUCAGUGCCUGAGCAUAUCAGUGUAAUGACUGAUUCCACAAUAUCACCUUUGCUGUCCAGUAUUACCUUAGAGUACUACAUUAUUUGAAGGUGACUUUGCAUACUGUUUUAAUGGUCAACCAUUUGACAUAUUAGUGGUCCAGUCAAUUAUUUUCUUAGAGGUAUGGCUAAAAACUGGAGAUCUGGUGGUGAUCAGGAAUACUGUAGGAUUUGGAUACAUAUUACUCUGUAAAAAGUUCCAAGGCCCCACGUCCAAAAUAAUGUACCCCUACCUCAAUAGCCUAGCAUCGGGGUACUCGGUACUCAUUCUAUAUAAACUAUUGCACUAAAAACAUUUCACUUUCUUGGUAUUCAGUAGAAUAUUUUAGACCGUGAUAUGUUGUUCUUCAACCCUUAGGAUGAUGGACUAAAUUUACAGGUGAGGAAUGCAAGUUUACCUGUCAUGUACAGCCAUCUUUUCUUUUUAUACAGGAAUGCAAGUGUUCAGACUGCUAAUUCACAAGAGUGACUACAUGUCUCGUGUUCCAGAUUUC